CAAACUUUGCAGAACCCCUCUCUCUUUUUCUUCCAGAAAAAAAGCUCCUAAGGUUUUGGCAGUGAUCAAAUUUCACAGAGCAGAGCCAUGGCUUCGUCGUCAUCGGAGGAGCCACCGCAGGCGAGCCAAGAACCACCGCAGCAGCAGCCACAGUCAGUGAAGGACUGUCUCCACAAGACCAAGCUCAUCCAAUUCUUAGGCCGCACCGCCCCUAUCGUCCUCCAGAACGACAACGGUCCCUGCCCGCUCCUCGCCAUCUGUAAUGUUCUCUCACUGAGAAACAACCUGAAUUUGAGUGCAGACACUACAGAAGUCUCUCAAGAAAAGUUACUCUCACUUGUUGCUGAAAGAUUGAUUGAUUCUAACAGUAAUAUUGAUAAUAAAGAUGCGGGCUAUGUAGAAAACCAACAACAGAACAUUGCCGAUGCUAUUGAUUUACUCCCUAGACUUGCUACUGGAAUUGAUGUGAACAUAAAAUUCAGAAGGAUAAGUGAUUUUGAAUUUACUCCAGAAUGUGCAAUAUUUGAUCUAUUAGACAUCCCACUAUAUCAUGGCUGGAUUGUUGAUUCCCAGGAUUCUGAUACUGCUAAUGCAAUUGGGUCGAAAUCCUAUAAUACUCUGAUGGGGGAGCUUGUUGCACUGGAAACACAAACUAUGGAGAGUGAAUGCGAAGGGAAGAAUACUCCUCAAGAAGAUUCUGUUGAUUUUGUUGCUGCGACAACUGCAACACUUGGUGUACCAUCCCCAAGCCUUUCUAAAACUAGAUCUUUUGAUGAGUCUCCGCGUUCAGCUUCUGAUGAAGCAAAAAUAAGGAAAGGAGACAUUGAAGAGGAAGCAGAGCUUUUAAUGGCUUUACAGAUGUCUCAGGCUGAAGCAGAGCUUCCCACUUCAGGAGUUGACCCGUUUGCAGCAAGCAUCAACACACCGCCUCUGUUAGUUGGUUCAGAUGAAGGCAGUCAUCUUGAGAAGGCUAUGCCUUUAGGAUCUGUAGAUAAUUUUGAAAAACAUGACGCUGACUGCAGGAAUUCUCAUCAGUCAAAACUGCCUGUACCAGAUUACACUGCCUCCAGAAAUGAGAGUAGCGAUAUGAUAUCCUUUGAAAGUACUCCAGGGGAAACAGCAUAUUUGUCCCAGUUGGAAACCACUGAAGUGAACAAUAAUGAGCAGCCAACUUCUGUGAAAACAGAAGAUGCUCCUAAGGAUCUGGUUGCAGAAAGCACUGGGAAGGAAUCAGACCACAUUGAAGGUGCAGUUUCUAUAAUUCCUGAGAGAAUUACUGAAUCUAUGGAUGAGGAUCAGGUCAAACAUCCAACUUUUGCCGAUGGAAUUGUAGAAUUGAAUGAGCAGAAUGGGAGCAAUUUGACAGAGACCCCUUGCUUAUAUGCUUCAAAUGUGGGUUUGGAUUCAUCUAGUGGUAGAAUGCUGGGACUUGAUGAAUCGGAAGCUUUGACAUCAAGUGGUGAAGGCAGUGAGCCCAUCUAUGAAGGAGAGGAACAUAUUUUGGAUUCAGGCACAACAGUUUUUGAAGAAAGAGAGCCUGUUUAUGAAGGUGAGGUAGUGCUUGCAAAGCAAGCAGAUGAAGGGAUGUUAGAUUCAAGGUCAAAGGAUGAGAUCACUCCACAAGAAGGGGAACUGAUCAGGACUUUUUUGAAGAACAAUGCUAGUCAAUUGACUUUCUUUGGCCUUUUCUGCUUACAAGAUGGCCUUAAAGAACGGGAGCUUUGUGUUUUCUUCCGAAAUAACCACUUCAGUACCAUGUUUAAGAUGAAUGGAGAACUUUAUCUUCUGGCUACUGAUCAGGGUUACCUUAAUCAGCAUGAUCUGGUGUGGGAAAAGCUUAAUGAGGUGAAUGGCGAUACAUUGUUCAUGACUGGCAACUUCAAAGAAUUUAAAGUUGAGAACCAAUCAGAUGAAAAUUGGGAUGAAAAUAAUGCUGUUACCAGCACUGCGGACUACCUUGCGAGCAUUGAUACUGCCGCUUCAGCAGGCUUUGAUAUGAAUUCUGAUCUGCAAUUGGCAAUUGCUCUUCAACAACAGGAGUUUGAACACCAACCACCACAACAACAGCAACGAUCAAAUGUGCAGCAACCAUCUAUUAGCGGCAAUUCAAGGAUGGUUACAGGUCCCCAGGGGACAAGAAGUAAUGUCAGAACUUCUUCAAUGUCCUCAUCUUCAAGACCUGAAAAGCCCAAGGAGAAGUGUAUCGUGAUGUGAAUCCAGGAAGAACAGUUUUCACUGCUGUCUUUGUAAAUUUUAUGUUUUUAAUUACAUUUGAUGCCAUUAAUCACCACGUUCAGGAUUGUAUGUGAAUUUUAAACGAUACAUUUCUCUACUGUACAUAGAGUCCAGUCAGUAUAUACACCAUCUUGCUUCGGCCCUUCAGCCCUCCGCCUGGCAGUGUUUUCUAACCAGAUUGACUCUGAGGUUGUUGGAAGGUGAAUAAAGCCCCAGUUCUAACUCAUUGACAGAUUCGAAGAAGUACCUGAUUUCAGUGACGGGCUCUAGUUCUUUAGCUUUGUGAGCUUUUGUUUUUUGGGGCUGAUAUUGACAUUGCGAAAUGCUAGCUGAGGUAGCAUGUUUGUCUUCUGAAUUUAGUGACUCCUUACAUAUA